GGCGUUUCCUGAGGUCAGUAAAUACUCCAUCUUCAGAGAAAUAAGACUUGUUUACCAGCCUUAACUGCUGUCGGACGGAAAGGAGGUAACUCUGUGAAGUUGUUUGUCCAAGGGCCUUGAAGACAACAUUAUGCCUAAACGAUCGAGUCGCCCUCCGCCAUAUGGCGGCAGACACCACAAAAGAACUUCCAACCGUGCAGCGUCUUACCAUCCUGAUGAAAUGCUUCACUUUUAUCGCUGGACUUCACCCCCUGGUGUCAUGAAGAUUAUGUGCAUCAUCAUCAUCAUAAUGUGUGUGGCGGUGUUCGCCUGUGUUGCCUCCACACUGGCAUGGGACUACGACGCAAGUGCAAUGGGUUUCGGAGGAAUGGGUGGAAUGGGUGGAAUGGGUGGAAUGGGUAGCUACCAAGGCGGUGCUGGUGGAAGCUAUAGUGGAUAUGGUGGUGGAGGAAGUUACAGCGGAGGUCUUGGGGGCUACGGCGGCUAUGGCGGUGGCUAUGGCGGCGGCUAUGGAGGCACAUACAUGGAUCCAAAAUCAGGCAAAGGCUUUAUCAUUGCAAUUGCGGCAAUCACCUUUAUUGCCGUUCUCAUCAUCUUUGUCUUGGCGGUGUCGAGACAAAAUGCUGCCAAGUCUCCUUCGUUCUACCUGGCUUCCAUCAUUAUUUGUGCCAUCCUUGCUCUGCUCAUGCUGAUAGCCACCAUUGUGUACUUGGUCGCCAUCAACCCCAUGGCUCAGACGUCUGGAUCCAUGAUGUACAGUCAGGUCUUGCAAAUGUGUGCGCAAUUCCAGAACCAAGAACAAGCCUCUGGCAUCUUUCUCAAUCAGUACUUAUACCACUACUGUGUAGUGGAGCCCGAAGAGGCCAUCGCAGUCGUCAUUGGGUUCCUGGUGGUGGUCGCACUGAUCAUCCUUCUGGUGUUUGCAGUCAAAACACGAGGGCAGAUGAGGAGUUACGGCAGGGACCGCAUUCUGUGGUAUGAUGUUAAGACGAUUACCGAUGGACUCACGUCUCAAGGCAUUGGUGAAUGGGUUAAUAAUGUGUCUGGAGAUCCAGAGACUUUUGUAAAUGACGGCAAUGAUCGCAUUGGCGUUUCACAGCCAAUAAUGCAAAGCCAGGACAUCCAUAAACCAAUUUAUCUUCCAAGCAGUUCUGACCUAACAAGCUCUUUGAGUGGACUGAAGGGCAAAAUGAGGGACUACGACACUGGCGAAUCUGGAGAUGAGCUGGACACAGACAAUGACAGUGAAUAUCCGCCUAUUAUUAAUGAGCAGGAGAGGCUGGAGUACAAGAAAGAAUUCGACAGGGACCACAUGGAGUACAAGCGUCUUCAGGCUGAGCUAGAUGAUAUUAAUCAGGGCCUGGCAGAUACAGAUAAAGAACUGGACUACUUACAGGAAGGCAGUCCACAGUUCAUGGAUGCCUUGGAGUUAUUUAACCGUCUCAAAAGCUUAAAAAAGUCUCCAGAGUAUCAGCUGAAAAGGAAAAGGUGUAAACAGCUAAAGGCAAAACUCUCCCUCAUCAAAAGAAGAGUCAGUGACUAUGACCGCAGACAGUAAAAAUGGACUGACAUUGAAAGCUCAACAGGACAUAUUCUGUAACACAAUGGUUUUGCCAGAGGUUUUAUUUGUAUUUCCGUAUCACUGUAUUAAUUCAAGGACUGUAUGGUUGUUGUUUUUAUAGACAGGUUUCUGCUUUUGAGCCAGAUUAACUUGAUCAACUUAUUGUGAUACCUUUUAAAGUAUUUUAUUUUCUAAUGCUGGAUUAUGUCCCUUCUUAAUUCUUGUAUCAUAUUUUUAGUCAAACUGACAAAAUCUUAAUAUUAACAGGACUGUGACUAAUAGGCCUUUAUUUGUGUCUGUUCUUUUUAAAUCUCUGAAUUGUUGAAAAGUUGUUUUUAUUUAAGUGUAGGGAUUUAUUAUUUUUCUGUCUCUGAGAAGUUACAUUCUAGUUUGUUAUAACGUUUUAUUAGAUUUUUUUAUUGGAUUUUAUUUUGUAGUUUAACUUGCUGCACAAAUUAUCAUCAGAAUAACAGUCUUUUAUCUAUGUUUUUUUGCUUGUUUGUUUAAAGCCCACACCAGAAGGAUGUCUAAUGAGGUUUAAAUUGAAGUUAUAUAAUGAAGAAAUCCCUGUUUAGUUUUUUAUGACAAAAAUCUAUAGAGAAUUCAGGGAUAAGCGAAUGUUGUUGGUGAUCAAUGAAGCUACUGUUGAAAUGUACAAUAUGUUUUUAUAUUUUUAAUUUUGUGUAUAUAAAAAUAAACUCAAACCAUUCCCAAA